AUGCCGCUUAUCAUUGGCAAAACAGAGACACUCAGUCCCGACUACGACUUCACCUCUACUCGCCAGCUCUUUGCCGAUUUCCCCGAGCUUAAGGAAUCGACCAAUUCUGUGUUCAACGCCGGGCCUGAAUCAGCGCAAACAUAUGACAGUGAACGGGAUCCAGUUCUGUAUGUGAUGCAAGGUGAAACGGCUAUUGUUUCUCCUCGUGAUGACACUAUUCAAAUUGUGAUGACCGACGACACGACCACCUGUAUAACAGGAAUCAUCCGCCACUGCAACUCGGGAGUCACCUCGCUCACACACUUUGAUCGCCCCCUAGAUGACAAUCUUCUGGUGGAGUCGCUGGAAGCAGCGCUCACUCGGAUGAUUUGCCUGGGAAACGGCGGGGACAGUAAAUCAGCUGAAGCUGAACGUGAUGAAUCGGAUGCAAAGUUCGACCUAUAUCUAAUUGGCGGGUACUGUGAUGAGAAGAGAAUAUCAGAGGACCUAGCCAUCUACCUGAUGAAGACAUUCAACUCACUGGCCUCACGGUUCACCAUUAAUUUG